AUGGAGGGAAUGAUUCAGGACCCAUCGCAGCCGUCGUCGCAGCCACAGCCACCGCAGCAGAAUCAGGCAGUGGCAGGGUCGGAGAGGCUGAAUAAGGCGUUGCAACAACAGCUCAAUCUGGAAUCUCUAAAGACCAGAGCAAUUUCCCUUUUCAAGGCCAUAACUCGCAUCCUUGAAGACUUCGACGCCUAUUCUCGCACAAAUACCACCCCCAAAUGGCAGGAUAUUUUGGGUCAAUACUCAAUGGUAAAUCUCGAGCUUUUCAACAUUGUGGAUGAAAUAAAAAAGGUUUCGAAGGCUUUCGUUGUUCAUCCCAAAAAUGUUAAUGCUGAAAAUGCUCCCAUUUUACCGGUUAUGUUAUCCUCAAAGCUACUGCCCGAGAUGGAAGUGGAAGAUAAUUUGAAGCGAGAGCAAUUGCUUCAAGGAAUGCAAAAUCUGCCAAUACCUUCACAAAUUGACAAGUUAAAGGCUAGAAUCGAUAUGAUUGCAGCUGCCUGUGACAGUGCUGAGAAAGUAUUAGCUGAUACCCGCAAAGCAUACUGUUUUGGCUCUCGUCAAGUGCCAGCCAUUCAUCCCACUCUUGAUAAGGGACAGGCUGCUAAAAUUCAAGAACAAGAGAACUUACUCCGUGCCGCAGUUAAUUUUGGUGAAGGUCUGCGUCUGCCAGCAGAUCAGAAGCAGAUUACACCUUCGCUUCCACUGCAUCUGGUGGAUAUUAUGCCUGCAACUGAUGGAGUGCAUUCUUUUACUGAUUCAUCUGGCAUGUAUAUGAAGAACUCUCCUCUUAUGUCAAACAACAUGGGCAGUCAAGGGUCUUUAUUACAGGCUACUGGAGCACAGCUUAUCAGUCGAUCAGCUGCAUCUCCUGCCGCUACUAGUGCUACCUCCUUUGAUAACACCACAACUUCUCCCCUUCCAUAUGCCAACUCACCAAGGUCUGGAACGACUAUGAUGAACACACCAUCUCCUCAGCAACAAACGCAGCAACUGCAGCAGCAGCAACACCAGCAGCAACAAAGGCAAAAAAUGAUGCAAUUACCUCAGCAUCAACAGCAACUCCUUGCUCAACAACAGUUUAGGCAGUCUGCGAUGCAAGGACUGGGACAGAAUCAGCUGCCGCUUCAUGACCUGCAGGGUCAGACUCAGCAGAAAUUUCAAUCGUUACAUGGUCAGAUGCAGUUUUCCCAGCCCUUGGGUCAUCAGCAAUUUCAGGGUAGACAGCUUCCCCCAGGACAUGUGCAGCAUGGUAUAGGCCAAAGCCAACUCAAUCAAGGAAAUCAGUUGAGUCGUCAUUUAGGCCAAUUCUCCAGUCCAGCAAAUACUGCAUUGUUCAAUGCUGCUCAGGGGACACCAAGUACUCAGAUGAUCCCAAACAUGUCUGCAACUAUGUCUUCCCAGUCACUCUUACCAAGGAUGCAGUAUGGACUACCUGGUAGCAAUCCUCAGCGGACACAUGGAUCUCAAAUCUUAAGCGACCAAAUGUUUAAUAUGGGAUCCAAUCCUGGGGGGCUUAUGGGCAUGCAGCCACAACAGCAACAGCAACAACAACAACAGCAGCAGCAUGGUGCACAAGGUGCAUUUGGGAAUAUGGGCACUGCCCAGAAUUUACAAUCUAAUAUGGUAGCUCUUCAAAACAACCCCAAUUUCGCACAGCAAAGGCAGCAGAACCAGCAGUGAUAUCAACUGCAAGUAUAAAAGUUUUGUUUUAUGGAUAAUAUGAUAUGUUAAAGCUUUUCUUAUGUUUGAAAAUGGUAAUUUUUCUGCAAAGCACUUCAGG